CUAACUGCCGCAAACGCCGUGCUGCCGUGUUGGGCUAAAGAUGGAGACUUGUCGUGAUUACACAUUCUGUUCGUGCUCGAGUUUUUGUUUCAUUUCAUAUGUUUUUUGAUCGAUUAUUAUUGUCUCUUCGCUUUUAACUUUCGUUUGAAUAUGUUUUUAAUGAAAUGCAAUCCAUUGCGAAUCAACUAAGUGUUUAUUUUUCCGUAAAUCAACGAAAAACAUAAGUUUCAUUGCUUCAAGAUUCCCGUGUAUACGUAACAACAGCUGAUUUUAUUGUCGUCGCUCUUCGUCAUCAUAUUCAACGCCUGUGAUCUACUUCUGUUAUUGUUUACACUCCAGACUCCAAUACAAUAUUGAAAUACAAUCGAGACAAUGAACAAUUGCACAGUUUGCGACGGCUGUUUCAGAAAUGACAAUCCGAAUAAAAUUAUUUGUGAUGGAAUUUGCCGUCAAUCUUUCCAUGCUGAAUGUGUUAAUUUCAAUAAGAAUGCGUUGAUGUGCUAUAGAGAAAUGCCAAAUCUUCAAUGGUUCUGCGAUGGCUGCAUCAUUCAAUCACGCUCGUCCAACGUUGUAUCUCCUCUGUCCACCAAAUUCAAUUCCACUGUCGCUAUUCCAACGUCAUCGCCAUCAUACGUCCAACGCUCACUCAUUGCAGCCAAACGAAAUCGAAAUCGACAUCCGUUUCUAAAUGAAAAACCGAAGAAAAAUUCCGUAUUUUUGGUAAACCGAUCGCCAACCGUCGAACGUGACGUUAGAAACGCCAUCGACUCAAUGAGUAGUUCCUCAUCAGUGAGACAUAUGCAGCCCGGAAAUCAUCUAGACGAAUCAUCUGCUGCGAAUGGAUCGGCUCCAUUGACUUCACCCGUAAUCACUAAAUCUGAUGUCGUUCAAUCUAAGCCCCAGCGUAAUUUAGCAGAUUUUGAAGAAACUCCCACUGAACCAUCCGAAUCUAAAACAGAACCUGAUAAUUCCAGUUCGUUUGCAGAGGUUCUAGCUAAAUCGUCAGUUGCUGAGCCAGUACCCGCUAACGCCAAACGUUCAACAACUCAACUGGAUAAAGCAAUUCAGUCACAGCUUAUGAUUCCGUCCGAUACGCAUAAGGUACUUUAUGUGUCGAAUUGUAAACCAUCUGUUACCGAAUUGGAAAUUGUCGAUUAUUUAUUGCGAGAGAACAUGAUAUCAUCGGCUGGAGAUGUGUCUUGUAAGAUAUUAGUUUCACCCUAUGUAAACAUGGACAGCGUCAGCUUCGUAUCGUUUAAAAUCACUGUUAAUUCUAAAAUAUUUCAUUCUCUACUUAACGAAGAACUGUGGCCCGAGGGCAUUACUGUUCGUGAAUUUGUAAACCGCUAAACAGCUAAUGUUGAUUUAAAUCUAUUUUUAUUGUAAGUAGUCAGGGGGCUUGACGGCCAUUGAUGAAAUUAAUAAAUAAAUAAAAAAAAAAUAAAUAAAAAAACUGUCCAGACAGUGAAUCUUCUAUCGGAUCACUGUCUUCAGUGAAAGUCUCGUCCAGAGUAGUUCUCCAGUGCCUCCAAAUGCUGGAAACCCUGUCUAGAGACAAUGAAGUCAUAUUGACCUGGGCCAGGCCAUUCCGGAGUGCUGGGUAACGAGAAAGCUGACGAACUAGCGAGAGACGGCAGCAGUUCAGAUUUCAUCGGACAACCUGCCGUGAGUAGGAAGCAAAUGGCUACUCGCACCUUAAAGGGGAAUCUGACAAAUUUUUGAACGGAGAAAUAGCACAAUGGGCCCAACAAGGACUGGCCUCAGUGUUUUCCAUUUGUGAAGUUUUAU